CCGACGAUCGAUUACCCUGGAUUUCGGAACCCUAGAAGGAGCGAUGCCGAAGCGGAAGACGAAGACGAAUAGGACGAAGGAAGCAGGCGGCGGCGACGGAGGAGAUCAGAUGGGAAGCUCAGUCCGAUUGAGGAAGAAAAGUUCGAGGUCGAGGCCGUCGCUGAAGAUGGAGAAGGAGAUAUGUCCGUGCCUUCUCGCUUGGGGUGCUGGGGAUGGGCCGCUGGUGUGCUGCUUCAACUUGGACGAGAAGGGGAAAAGGAAGACAAACUUUUGCCAAAGUUGCUGCGUCGAGCUCUUCGGAGGACAAGUAGAAGACAAGGGGAAGGAGAAGGAGAAGCCAGGGAUGCGAGUGAUCACUCCGGCGAAGUCGAGAUUUACUCCGAAUUUCAGCACAUCCGUCGUCAUCGGCACGGUUGUCUACGUCCUUGGCGGUGCCUUUGUAGACCCUGGGAACAAAAAACGAUGGUUGUUUUCUCCAAAGGUAUUAUGUUUCAACAUUAAUCGUUCCGAGUGGGGCUGGAUUGAGGCCUCCGAAAUGCUCAGCCCCAGAUUUAAGCCCAAAGCCGUAGCUGUUGAAGGCAAGAUCUAUGUUUUCGGGGGAAACAACACCUUUGGGAAGAUGAAGAAGAAAGCAGAAGCUACACCGGGAGGCCCGUGGGCUGAGGUUUUCGACCCCGUCAUAAACAAAUGGGAGCCUCUACCUCCACCCCCUGAGAGUACUGGCAUUGUCACCAGCGAUUUAUGGCUUUCCCCCGUCGUCGUCGCCUGUGGCGGUCCAUUGGAAGGAAAGGCGAUCUUGUUGAGUCGGUGCAAUUAUAUGUACCGUGUGAAUUGCAAAACUUGGGAGGCCUUCCGCCUUCCGUCUUCCCUCCCACUCAGUUCCAAUUUAACCAGUGAUGGCAACAGCACCCUGUACUGGACAAGUUACUUUACUUUCUACACCUUUAAUUUGAUGACCAAGGAGUGUGAUUCCGGUGACAUUGAGGGUUAUGAUGUUAAAAAGUACCGAUCUGAUAGAGAUACCCCCGAACCAACUCUCCUUCAUCUGGGCGGAGAGCACUUCUGUUUUCUAAUCCUCGAAGAGGGUCUCCCCGGAGGUCGCACCAAAGUUCGCUGCGCCAAGUUUAGGGUUUCGCACCAAGGUGGCUUUCAGGCUUCCCUUGUAUGUCGCGAAUCUUACAUCGUUGAUCUGCCACUUGACCUAGAUCUUAUCCAUGGCUUCGUCCUGUAUUUGGAGGAUUGGGUGCAAGAAGUGCGAAAUUAAAAUAUUAUACGGUGAUUGAGGCCGGUCCAUUUGAAAGUCAAUACCAAGUCAAGAAUUUUGCUAUGAACUUAAUUAGUCCAUGGGCAUGACUACAUAGGAUAAUAAUGGCAAUUGGAUCAAUUGGGAAUUAGGUCAGUCAGUAGAAGCGUGGCCCACGGCUGGGAAUUAGAAUUAAAAAAAGGGGGCUUUUGGCUUACUCUCUCUCUCUCUCUCUCUAUAUAUAUACACACACAUGCCCACAGACGAAACAGAGAAGAACGGGGGGCUGUCGAGCUUUUGGUUCUGAAUAUUUUCUACCAGCUUUGGACUUUCAGAGUCGUUUUUCCUUUUAAAUUUUGUUCAAUUACUCGCAUUCCGGUAAUUUAUUUUAAUUUCUGCUCUUCAUUAAAGUUAUUCGUUUGUGUUUGUUU